AUGUCUUCCCGAAGUCCAUUUUCCGGUGACGACGAAGAAGAUUUGGUUAACGAUGAUUUCCUAAACUUCCCAUUCUUCGGUUUAGAUAUCCCCGCCAGAAUCAGUAGAAAGUACGACGUGUUUUUGAGUUUCAGAGGCGAAGACACUCGUGUAUCUUUCACUUCACAUCUCUCCGCUGCUCUUCAAAACGCCGGAAUCAUAGUUUUCAAGGACGAUCAAUCGAUUCAAAGAGGAGAUCACAUCUCAAAGUCACUACUGCGAGGAAUAGAAGAUUCUGUGAUUUCUAUUAUUGUGUUCUCGAAAAACUACGCAGAUUCACCCUGGUGUCUUCAAGAGUUGGUUCAAAUUAUGGAGUGUCACAAAACUAUUGGCCAAGUUGUAUUGCCCGUGUUCUAUGAUAUGUAUCCGUCGGAAGUUCGUAGGCAGACAGGGGAGUUUGGUAAAGCUUUUCAAAGUCUUUUGAACAGAUUUUCGGCGGCUGAGGAGUUGUACAUGGAGCAAAGUUGGAGAUCGGCACUUCACGAGGCCGCAGGUCUCUCGGGGUUUGUUGUACUAAGUUCCAGGGACGAAUGUGAGAUUGUCAAGAGUAUUGUUGCAAAUGUUACACGUUUGCUUGACAAGACAGAUUUGUUCAUCGCUGAUAAUCCGGUUGGAGUAGAAUCUCGAGUGCAAGAUAUGAUUCAACUUCUAGACUCUCAACAAUCAAAUGAUGUUCUACUACUAGGGAUGUGGGGAAUGGGUGGAAUUGGUAAAACCACCAUUGCAAAAGCCAUUUACAAUAAAAUUGGCCGCAAUUUUGAAGGUAGGAGUUUUCUUGGAAAUGUUAGAGAGGUUUGGGAGCAAGUUACUGGACCAACAUAUUUACAAGAACAACUCAUGCAUGAUAUUUUCAAAGAAACAACCAAAAUACAAAGCCUUGAGUUAGGAAAAUGUAUGUUUAAGGAAAGACUUUGUCAUAAAAAAAUACUUCUUAUACUUGAUGAUGUAAAUAAAUUGGACCAACUAAAUGCUCUGUGUGGAAAUCGUAAAUGGUUUGCUCGUGGGAGUAGAAUAAUCAUCACAACAAGAGAUAAGCAUAUACUUAGAGGGAAUAGAGUUGACAAAAUAUACAUGAUGAAAGAAAUGGAUGAUAGGGAAUCUCUUGAGCUUUUUAGUUGGCAUGCAUUCAAGCAAACAAGCCCUAAAGAAGAUUUUUCUGAAAUUUCAAGAAAUGUAGUUAAGUAUUCUGGGGGAUUGCCGCUAGCUCUUGAAGUCCUUGGAUCCUAUUUAUUUGAUCGAGAGGUAUUAGAGUGGGAUUGUGUAUUGGAGAAACUCAAAAGAAUUCCCAAUGAUCAAGUAUACAAGAAGUUAAAAAUAAGCUAUGAUGGCUUAAAUGAUGAUACAGAGAAAGAAAUAUUCCUUGACAUAGCCUGUUUCUUUAUUGGGAUGGACCUACAUGAUGUUAUUCAUAUAUUAAAUGGUUGUGGACUUUUCGCAGAAAUUGGAAUACGUAUCCUUGUUGAGCGAAGCCUUGUAACAGUUGAUGAUAAGAACAAGCUAGUCAUGCAUGAUUUGCUGCGAGAUAUGGGAAGAGAAAUCAUUCGGGAAAAAUCACCAAAGAAGCCUGAGGAACAUAGUAGGUUAUGGUUUCACGAGGAUGUGCUUGAUGUAUUAUCUGAACAUACUGGAACAAUUGAUGUUGAGGGACUGAUAUUAAAGCUGCCAAGUUUUAGUACACAAUGUUUUAGUACCAAAGCAUUCAAGAACAUGAAGAAACUCAGAUUGCUUCAACUUUCUGGUGCACAACUUGAAGGAGAUUUUAAAUAUCUUUCAAGAAAUUUGAGAUGGCUGUAUUGGAAAGGAUUUCCUUUAACAUACAUACCUUCAAACUUUUAUCAAAGAAAUUUAAUUUCCCUCGAGUUAGAAAACAGCAAUGUCAAACUUGUGUGGAAAGAGAUGCAGAGGAUGGAGAAGCUGAAAAUUCUCAAUCUUAGUCAUUCUCAUUAUCUGACACAGACCCCUGACUUUUCAUACUUGCCUAAUCUUGAAAAACUGGUACUCGAAGAUUGUCCUAGGUUGUCUGAGGUAUCCCAUAGCAUCGGACAUCUCAAUAAAAUUCUUCUUAUAAAUUUGAAAGACUGUUUAAGCCUUUGUAACCUUCCAAGGAACAUCUAUACGUUGAAAUCUCUGAAAUCUCUCAUUUUAUCCGGUUGUUUAAUGCUUGACAAUUUGGAAGAAGACUUUGAACAGAUGGAAUCUUUAACCACUCUGAUGGCAGAUAACACAGCUAUAACAAAAGUGCCCUUUUCAAUAGUAAGGUCAAAAAGCAUUGGAUACGUUUCUUUGUGCGGAUACAAAGGAUUCUCACGUUAUGUGUUUCCGUCCAUCAUUCAGUCUUGGAUGUCACCAAUAAAUCAUCUGUCACCCCCUGUUCAAACAACUACUGGCAUGUCAUCUUUUAUUUCUAUAGGUUCAUCAAGCAGAAGUUCCCACGAUCUAUCAUCUAUUACCAUUUCCAUUCCAAAGCUUCAAACUCUUUGGCUAGAGUGUGGAUCAGAGUUUCAACUUUCACAAGACAAAACAAGAAUUUUAAAUGCUUUAAGUGCAUUGGAAGACUCAAUUGCAACUACAUCGCAAGUAUCAGAUGUGAAGACUUCAUUGAUAGUUGAAUGUCAAAGUCAAGCGCAUGUUUCAACUUCCAGAAAUUCCACGAAGUCUCUUAUAAUUCAAAUGGGAAUGAGUUGCCUAAUCACCAACAUUCUGAAAGAGAGGAUCUUACAGAGUUCGAUUGUCGAUGGGUGGGGUUAUUUUUCGCUCCCCGGUGAUAACUACCCCAAUUGGUUAUCUUUCAAUUCAGAAGGAUCUUCUGUAAUUUUUGAAGUCGCCCAAGUGGAAGAACGUAGCUUGAAGACAGUGGUGUGCAUUGUCCUUUCUUUAGGUCCAGACGAAAUUACAUCGAAUGGUCUUAAAAAUGUAUUGGUGAUAAAUCACACAAAGGCUACCAUUCAACUCUACAAGAGAGAGGCGUUAUCCUUCUUUGAAAAUGAGGAAUGGCAGAGAGUCGUAUCAACUAUGGAACCCGGUGACAAAGUGGAGAUUGUUGUCAUUUUUGGGAACGGCGUUGUUGUGAAGAAGACAGCAGUUUAUCUUAUAUAUGAUGAACCAUUCUGCAAAAAAAUGGACCAAUUUCAUGCGCCAGAUAAGAAUGCUGUUCUUGGUGGUCAUGAAAAUGAAUACGCUGUAAAGAGGGUCUCUCCUCAAGUAGAGCCCUCAGAUGAUUUUAAACAAAAAGAGAAAAGAAGAAAAUAA